AUGAUUGAACUUUUCGCAAACUUACCUCCAGAAGUUUUGCAGUGCAUUGCCACCUUUCUUACAGCUGAAGAAAUUCGCCAACUUCGAUCAACUUGUACAAAAGUCCGGUUUGCUCUGGACCUAAUAUACUGGCGUAACUGCGUCGUCCGCUUACCAGUAAUCACCAACAAGAGCGAAACAUCAUUAUUAGAAUCACCUCUAUUAGAAUCACCUUUAUUAGAGUCACCUCUAUUGGAAUCCCGUCAACUUGUUUACUUAAAAACUCCAUCCUACAACAAUUAUUUUUGGCCUGUAGUUCCAUGGAGAGUUUUCCAGAAUCCAGAAAAAUAUUCCUGGUUCUUACAAGAUCGUGUACUGAAACUGGAACUGGAAAAUGGUAAAGCUCCUUUCCCAAGUCAAGCUGUUUUGGAGAAAUACCCUCACUUUGUUUCACUAUGCUAUUCGGAAUACAUGCAUUCUUUAAAUAAUUCUCCCAUUGGAACCCCGGAGUUUUUCGAGUUUAAUGAGUUUUUUUCUUCAAAAUAUCCCAAUUACCCCGGUGUUAUCAAGAUUAAUGAAAAUUAUUUAAACCCUACCGAUAUCUGCCCGGCCAUGUCAACCACUCUUAAAUGUUUGGCUAUUGGGUUUCAUAGAAGAGAUGAUGACGAUCUUUUAGAUGCUUUAUCAACUCUUGAAUUUAAAAAUUUAGAAACCCUUGUUAUAUUUAGUCUUGAUAAGCGAGAAGCUGCUGCUGACUUGUUAAUCAAAUGUGCCAAAUCACCUAAACUUAAAGAGUUAUCUUUCACUAUUCACAUUAUUAUAGCACGAAUCUCAAGAAAAUGGAAACUUUAUGUUUCUAGAAGUGUCUUAACUGUCUUAAGAAAUAUCCCCCCAAAUCUUAAAAAAUGUCAGUUAUAUAUUCAAGCACUUGAAUGUCAACCAGAAUUUCUUCCACACAUUCAAGAAGAACUAUCAGGAGGCUUAUAUUGUCCACUAAAUGAAAGUAAACCAGAAACUUUCCCUCAAGUAACCGAAUUGACAUAUGCUCAAAACUACUCAAAGGACUGGCAUAUGUCUGGAUUAGAGGCUUUUAAUACCUGGGGGAGCUUCCCCAAUGCAUUUACAAAUUUAAAGCUUGAUAUGUCAAUUUUAAGAGACAAUUACCUGAACCCUGAAGCUUCCUUUUUGCAACACAUUAACAUCCUUACCUUGAAUCAUACACUGAAUGAAAAAUUUUUGACAGAAAAAUUCUUAUUUCCAAAAUUUUCAAACCUUACCAGAGUCAGUUACAUUCGAUCAUACGAUGUAACUUUUAGAUACGAAAUGCUAAAAGAUCCUGAAUUGCUAAAACUUUGUAACUUACUCAAUGAUUAUUUACAUCACCUAUGCCAACUCAACCCUAACGAAUAUUCAACAACUCAUGAAAGUUUACUUAAACUUGCACAAAAACAUGGACUUAAUGACCAGUUAUAUGAUCAAUUCUUUGAAGCCUUAUUUAACUUCUUUGUUGAUCCUACUCAAUUUAAUCCCUUUUGGAAGUCUGCCCAAUCAUUAACAGAAAAUACAGAAUUUGUACAGGUCUUACAAGAUAUGAUUACCACUGAAAUCACCUUUAAAUGGCUUGCAGAAGCCAACAGCAUUGAAUAUUUAAAUUUCGAAACUUCAGAGGGGCUUUAUCCAUCUCCUUAUUUUUAUAAUCUAACAAGAAAUCAUCCUUCGUUGAAACAAAUUCAAUUUCAAUGCAAUAUUUUGAGUUAUAAAAUUGAAAUCUCAAGUUUGAAUUCAUUGUUUAAAAUAUUUAACAAACUCCCAGAUAACAAAGUCAUUUUGACACAAGAUUUUGAAAAAUACUUGUACCAAUUGAUACCAAAUGUUCCACACAAAUUCAUUUCUAACUUUCAACUUGCUUCAAAGUUUGGUGGUUUCACUGUAGAAAAUGUCACAAUAUUACUUGAUGUCAUUAUUGAUGUAGGGAAAAAACGAAACUUUAGCAAUACUCCUUACCAGAAAUGUUACUCACCAGAUGCUCCCUUUACCGAAGCAACUCAGGUGUUGAAAGAGUGCCAGGAAUUAAAUUUUGACGAUUUUUCAAUAAAUGACUCCGAGUUUGACGGAUGGGUUUGA